CCUUGAACGCGAGGUCCUUGUCUUUCUUCCUGAUCAACGGGAUAUUAAAGAUGAGGAACAUGUACGGAUAAUAUUAGCUUUUAGAGGUCUCUGUGCAUAGAUAGUCAGUAGAAUGUGCAUUUGUUUGUUUCGAAAGACGUUGUCCUCGUAUUGUAUGUAGAACUGAGCACGACAGGGAGAGAUACGGUGUAAAACUUAGCGGUCACAGUUUACUGUUCAGUAAUAGAGAGUAACAGACCAUGUCACCCGUGAGUGCCUCCAGCUCCACCGGCAGUGUAGUGAGAAGCGGUAGCGUGUGCUCGCCAAAACACGAGACGGAAACACUUAUGUCUUCACUGGAGCAAGCGAUCCGGCAGCAGCACGUAUUUUCCCGACCACCAGUGUCAGGGGGGGGGGACUUCACGGAUCUCAACGACAUACCGCAGUUAUUCUGGGGCUCCGAUCAAGCGAGGACCUGGCGUCAGCAUUAUGAAGAUGCCCGGAUCACACAAUCGACUAAGAACUUUAUCUGCAUGAACCACCAGCUGUGUUUCUGAUUUGAUCAUGCAAAGUUCGCCGUGAAGCCUCUUCAACAGAGCUCAAAUUAAAAAGUCGUCCAGUGGCAUUGGCUGGAGAAUCCCAGCCUGAUGCCAAACACAGAUAUAGGCAUCGACGUAAGACAGUCAUAUUUCAGCCCAAGCCGGCUUAACUGACAUGAAUCGGGACGCGAGGCUAGCGCACCCGAGCGUCGGUGUUUGUAUUCAGACAGGGCAGACCUUUACCAUUCGAGCAGAGAACCCGGGGGAAGUACCUAGCUUCGAGCUCUUGGAACUGCAGUGGAAUCUCCUUCGCAUUGCGGCUGUAUGUGAGGUUGCGAAGGCCACCGACGAGGACUAUAAGGAAGACACUGACGAAGAAGACCCGGAAAGUAAGCGAUAUAUCGACACUGGAGCUAGACGAAGCCGCG